AUGGACUUUGUACAGCGUCUCGACCCCUCAAAGUUGGUUCUCGUCGAGACUAUCCUCUCUUUCUCGGUGCUUGCAUUCGACGCUCCGACCUAUAACCUACCUAUCUUCCUAUUUGGCGUAUAUGCUCAGGAGACCUCUGAUGCCGUUCAGUCACUUCAGACGUUCAUCUACCUUCUCAGUGCUUCUAUUUUGUACGACAUCAUUUGGAUGUACAACUAUCCUCAACAUUGGUUCAUAAAGCUAAUAACCAUCCUGACCUUGGUCCUCAAAGUACCAACCUUGUUGGCAUUUGUGACUACCCUCCAUCAGCGAGGUGCAAACUUGUCCAGUCUUGGAUUCCGUGGCAAUGACUUGGGCGGCGCUACAGUGUGGUCCAUGCCAGGCGGAUUCACGUCUGCGGGAAGAGACGGUUAUCAGACCGUUGAUGAACCGGCGGAUGUUCAAACACCAAAGCCGUUGGGGUCCACCCCUGCGCCCAAUAACCAGACUGCACCAGGGGCGUAUCACGCUGUGUGA